AUGUGCUCCGACAUGGAUCAGCGCCACCACCACGCAACCAGGGAGGAUGCACCAGAGGCUAAUGGUUACCAUCGCAGUCCCCAUGGUGCGGAUCAUCACGAGCAGAGUCAGGCUGUGGAUGCCGAUAAGCAUAUAAAUCAUCAGUCCACAGAUGACAACAAUGUUCCCUCCAGCGCUUCAGGCCACAGACAAGGUGGUAUCAGCCGUCAUGCAUCCACAUCUUCUGUUGAUGACCGCUCCAUCAAGUCCGGUGACAAUUCUGAUGGGGCCGAGAGUACCAAUGGCAGAAGCAGUAAUACAGAGAUCUCAUUUCUAGAAAAUGAGACAAUCUGGAUACCACCUCAAGCGGCAGAUAAGGAGGAUGAGGCCCAGAGUUUUGCUACAAGCAUCGCUUAUGACGACGACGAUGAUGAUUAUAUUGACGGGAUAAAGUGGGGCCAGUCAAGUUUCCCAUCCCCUGGUAAGCAGCAUGACUCCGGCACUAGCAAUCAUAGGGAGGAACGAGAGAAGGCGAUGUUAGAAGCUAUGAAUGGCCAGCUGAAGAUACUUGUCAGUCGGUUUCUCGCAUCUGCUGGCAUUCCGUCUUCCAACGAAGAGGGUAGCGAUAGCUGGCUUGACAUCGUCACCUCCCUGUCAUGGGAAGCAGCGCUACUUAUCAAACCUGAUGGUAGCAUGGGAAAGGAAAUGGACCCUGGCUCUUACAUCAAAGUAAAAUGCGUAGCAUCUGGUACUCGCCGGCAAAGUGAGGUGAUCAAGGGGUUAGUCUUCAAGAAGAACGCUGCUCAUAAGCACAUGCCGACAAAUUGCCACAAUCCUAGGCUUCUACUUCUCAAAGGAGUCCUUGGGCAUUCUGAUGUCGGUUUGUCAUCAUUUAAUUCAAUGGAUCAGGAAAAGGAUCUGUUGGAGAGAGCUAUUGGUAAAAUGAUGGAGAUAUGGAGUCCCAAUGUUGUUCUGGUCGAGAAAACUGUUUCACGAAACAUUCAAGAACUUCUUCUGAAAGAAGGUGUCACGCUAAUUCUUGAUAUGAAACUCAACCGGCUACAAAGAAUUGCACGCUGUACAGGCUCUCCCAUAAUAUCGUUUUCAGAAGUUUUGGAUAAACCAAAGCUGAAGCAAUGUGACUACUUUCAUAUCGAAAAAAUUAUCGAGGAGCACAACAACGCCAGUGAGGGUGGAAAGAUGACAUCUAAAACAUUAAUGUUCUUGGAAGGCUUUCCACGUCCACUCGGUUGCACGAUACUGCUAAAAGGAGCAAACAGUGAAGAAUUGAAGAAAGUCAAACAAGUAAUGCAUUUUACGGUCUUUGCAGCAUAUCACUUGAUCCUUGAAACAUCUUUCUUUGAAGAUCAAAGGGUUUUUCUAAAUGAUAAAAGUACCCCAAAAGAAACUUCUGUUACUGCUACAGAAGGGACAUCACCAACUGCUUAUGAUGUUGCUGCUCUUAGUGGUGCUAUCCCUAGCUUUCCUUCACAUGAUGACUCUCCAGCACUUAGACUGUUCCAUGCCACUUCUAACAGCUAUGCUGAUGUGAACAAACCUUUGACAUCUCCAAGAAAUGUGGAUGCAUUCAGUUCAGUAUCCAGCAGCUCUGCAAAUAACCUUGAACAAGGUGCAAGGCUCAAUACUACUGAGAGGUUAACAUUACCAGUCCAAGGGCCACUAAGGAAAUUGUUCGCUGACAUGUUACACCAGAAUAUUUACUUACCUGUUACUUCAUUGCAAGAGGCAAAUGAUAAUAGGAAGGAAGUCAGGGCUGAAUCCGGUCAAGAAACUGUUAGUAAUGGUUUCCAUAGGUCAAAGAUAGAAGAGUCUGCAGUUUCCAUUGAAAAUGGGGAGUCCAUAAAUGAUGCCCAGAAACAAGAAAUUACUCAAGCAAUAAUGCCGAGUAGUUCUUCUGUAAGUGGUAAAAAUGGAGAAUCACUUGUUAUGGAAGACAAUGGGGCACAUAGUACUACAAGUAUUGUUAUCAAAGAGAAAUAUGUCGACGAUGAUCAAGCUGAUGAUGCACUUGAUUCUCACAGCAUACUGAUUUUGAUGUCUAGCCAGUGCACGGAAAAGCAGGUUAUCUGUGAACAAAGCCAUUUAACCCGUAUAAAAUACUAUGGGAGUUUUGAUGUGUCCUUGGGGCGAUAUUUGCAAGACAUUCUGCAGAAUCAGUUUGGUGAUGAAUACUUCCUCAUUCUUACUAAUUUCAGGUUGGGCUCUAAAGUUGCUAUGUUCCGGUACUCAUCAGUUGAAAUUUACGCUACCUGCAAACCACAACCUACUCUCCAGUUCGUCAACCCCAUCAGACAGGAUUGGUUUGAAGGACAAAGGAGAAAUAUUCAUGCUAAAGGUAUGUCACUAUUCUCUGGGGUUGCAAGAUUUCUACAAAACUUGAAGAAUGAACAUCCUGAUGCAAUAACAUUAGCAAUCAAUUGUGGCCUCGCACUCCCUGUUAAGGACUUCACUGAACUAGAAGAGUUGUUGAUAAAAGAAAAGGCCCAGUUUGAGAGUUCUGUGGACAAGGCCGCUGAUCAAAAUGGGAUACUCUCAUCGUCUGUGCAUGAACUAUUGAAUAUAAAUUGGUACUAUCAGGACCUUCUACUUAAGCUUUACAUUUGGGACCACCGUCUACAUCAAUUAUUCUACUGUAAAUCUGUCCAACAAGAAAGUGUUGCUAAUUACAAGAAUCCUGCUGAUACUGUUGAUGGGAUCUAUGUCGAUAACUCUGGUAUUGAUAAAAAAAUCAGUGAAUCUACAUAUGACAAAACUACAAUAGCUUUGGGGGUAGCCAGUACCACGGAGUCUGCAAGUAACAAAUUUGAUCCUCAAUCAGGUGAUGCUGCAGCACCCUUGCUUGAUGAUAGCCAGGAAGCUGGGCACUCGGAACUAACUUGCAAUGGAGGUAGUAAAGCUGAAGAAUCAUCCUUUGCUCAUGGUCAAAUAAAGGUAGAUGGCACAAUAGAAAGCACAAAUGAUCCUUGUUCCGAAAUAUCCAAUGAUAAUGAGGUCCAGGUCAAUGACACAGUAGCAGAUCCAAUACCCAUGGAACAGGAGCCUUGUAGCACUCCCCAACAGUUCAAAUAUCCUUAUUGGGAUGAAAGGGAAAGGUGGAUUUGGAAUUCAAUUGCCGAGUCUCAAUUGGCUUACAGGAAUGACAUUCAAAUUGGAUAUUUGGAAAAGUUUGAACUCAUUAACAACUAUUUGCCACAUUAUCUUCCUCCCUUGUUUGAACAACAUGACGAGGCAUGCUCUCCGCAGUUUGCUUGCUCGUCACCAUGGUCAUCUACAGAUUCUGAAGCAAGCUUGUCAUCUAUGUCUUCAUUUUCAUCUGAUGACUUUUCUGGUUAUGAUAGCUCAUCUUUAUUGUCCCCGAUGCAUCCAGAAAUGACUGUGAACGGGAAAGUGACUCUCAGAGGCAAAUAUUCAGUCACUGUUGUAUAUGACAAUCAAUUCUUUGCACUCCGAAAAAAGUGUUGCCCAUCCGAGCUUGCAUAUAUUACUUCCUUAAGCCGCUGCAAGAAGUGGAAUGCUCAAGGUGGAAAGAGCAAGGCCUAUUUUGCAAAGACGACGGAUGACAGGUUCAUCAUAAAGCAAAUCAAGAAAACAGAGUUCGAGUCAUUUAUUAAAUUUGCCCCUGAUUACUUUAAGCAUGUUUACCAUUCUCUGGACACUGGAAGCCAAACUUGCCUUGCCAAGAUAUUAGGAAUCUAUCAGGUUAAGCAAAUUAGGCAUGGCAAAGAGGUAAAGAUCGACUUGAUGGUGAUGGAAAAUCUUCUCUUUGGCCACAAUAUUUCACGAAUUUAUGACCUCAAAGGUGCUACUUUUUCGCGACGCGUCACUGACUCAAAUGAUCAUGAUACUGUUUACCUGGACCAAAAUUAUGUUGAGGACAUGGGUUUUUCUCCAAUCUAUAUUGGUGGAAGAACAAAGCAUCUUUUGCAGCGUGCAAUCUGGAAUGACACAGCUUUCCUCACUUCAGUGAAUGUCAUGGACUAUUCUCUACUUGUGGGAGUGGACAAAGAGAAGCACGAACUUGUGUUUGGCAUCAUUGAUUAUCUGAGGCAAUAUACUUGGGACAAACAACUGGAGACAUGGGUGAAGACUUCUCUGGUAGUACCCAAGAAUGUUUCACCAACUGUUAUUUCCCCCAAGGAAUACAAGAAAAGGUUUAGGAAGUUCAUGGCGAAGUACUUCCUGUCAGUUCCAGACACGUGGAGUCCUGAUAAUUCUUCUAAGCAAUGCAAAUCCCUUGGUCAGAGCAAUCACAAGUUGGCGGAAGUCCAGAAUGAUAUCUUCCCUGUAGAUGAGGUUCUGCAUCAGGCAGUACAGGCCUGGUAUGCCUGGACCAUUGAUGAGGAAGAGAUUGGAUUUGGUGUGCUGAUGAAGCUCAGCUUUUCCCACCAGAGGCAGAGCCCUAACCCAAAGUAUGGAAUAUGGAUUGCCCUGCUGCUUACCAUGAUAUCGCUUGCUUUUGGCCCUGCAAGGCAGCUCAAUCAAUUUGGCAUUGCAAACUUUGCCGGCAGUGGUUCUCUUCAUCCGAUUGAGGUCCAGAGGAUGAUUCUGGCUCAAAAGACGUUCACAAAGUGA